GUCCCGUUCGCACACUAGCUGUCUGUCCUGUGGCUCUGCCUGUUCUUUGACUCUGCCAGCUGCAUUUUAGCAAACACAUCACUUGGGCUACAAUGUCUCUUCGGAUUUCUACCGCAUCCAGGAGAAUUUCUUCCCUUGCAGGGGGUGAUGGAGGUGUCAAACUGUCAAGCGGCAGUCUGCAUGGCUUUGGCGGGGGAUCUCUAGUAGGGUUCGGCAGUGGCUAUGGAGGGGGUGUAUGCAGUGGCUUUGGUGGAGCUGGCUUCGGUGGCGGAGCCGGCAUGGGUUGUGGAGCCGGCAUGGGUGGUGGGGCCGGCUUCGGUAGUGCCUCUAUGGCAGGUGGCUACGGAGCAAACUACCGCUCUAGCUCAACUAUGGGCGUUGGCGGUGGCUUUGGAGGGGGAGACAGUGUCUUUUUGGCUGGUGCUGAAAAGGAAACCAUGCAGAACCUUAACAGCCGCCUAGCAAACUACUUGGAAAAGGUGCGUUCUUUGGAGGAGGCCAAUGCAGAGCUUGAGCGUAAAAUUCGCCACUGGUAUGAGAAAAAUGGACCUGGAGCUCCUGGAGUUACCCGCGAUUACAGCAAAUAUCACCAGAUAAUUGAAGAUCUUCGCAACCAGAUAGUCAAUGUGACCAUCGACAAUGCCAAUGUGGUCUUACAGAUUGACAAUGCCAGGCUUGCUGCUGAUGACUUCAGACUGAAAUUUGAAAAUGAGCUCUUCCUCCGCCAGAGUGUUGAAGGAGACAUCAAUGGUCUGCGCAGAGUACUUGAUGACCUGACCAUGAACCGGUCUGACCUGGAGGCACAGCUGGAAAGCCUUACUGAGGAAAUGGCAUACCUUAAGAAAAACCAUGAGGAGGAAAUUACCUUACUGAGAAGCAGCUCUACAGGCGAUGUCACAGUGGAAAUGAAUGCUGCUCCGGGGGUUGACUUGACGAAGCUACUGAAUGACAUGAGAGCGCAAUAUGAAGACCUCGCGGAACAGAAUCGCAGAGAGGCUGAAGAACAAUUCAACAAAAUGAGCCAACCACUGCAGCAGCAGAUCUACGAUGACGCCGGUGCUGUAAACUCAGCCAGGAAUGAGUUAAUAGAACUAAAACGCUCUUUUCAGUCACUGGAAAUUGAGCUACAGUCCCUUCUGGCUAAGAAAGCCUCUCUGGAAGGCACCUUGGCAGAAACAGAGGGGAACUACAGCAGUCAACUUUCACAGUUACAGCAUCAAGUUAGCAGCCUGGAGGAACAGCUACAGCAGAUCAGGUCUGAAACAGAAUGCCAAAAUUCAGAGUAUCAACAACUAUUGGGCAUUAAGACCAGACUGGAAAUGGAGAUUGAAACAUACCGACGCCUGCUAGAUGGGGAAAGUUUCCGUUCAUAUGAGACAAAAGUUCAUGUCAGAGAACCUACCAAAACCAGGGUGGUGAAGACCAUUGUUGAAGAAAUGGUGGACGGCAAAGUAGUCUCUUCUCAAGUGAAAUCAGUUGAAGAAAGGGCAACUAAGUGAGCUGUGUUGAAAACACAAUAGGGAACCCUUCAACGCUUGCCAGCAAGGGAGAACCCAAGUAGAAAAAUACCUCCUGGAACCGGAAUCAAUUACAGCAUAGUAGCUUCUUGCAAAUAAGGGCCCUAGAGAAAAAAAAUCCACAAUAUGCUUUCUUCUACUUUUUAAGGAGGUGUAAUCUUUUAUAAGUACUGAGAACUACAUUCUGUUUACUGCUGCAAUUGCAAUAAACUUUCUUACUGCUGCAAAUUAAA